AUGGCGGAGUGGUGGAUGUGGACCAGGAAGGCCUGGAGGGGGAAUCAGGAGCGGCGUAACAACCUAUGGCAAAGUCUUAUUGCACCCUAUAACAGUCUGUUAGUGAUGGGUAUGGCUUCGAUUGUUCUAAGUUCCGCAUCGCAGUACAGAUCAAUUCUGUUUUUGCGCUUCUUACAUGGGUUUGGAUUUGCCUGCGUAUACCCCGUGCAACAAAAGAUUGUUGCAGAUUCAACUAGUUCAAAAGAAACUAAGAAAGUAGAAGGAACCCCAAAUCAAGGUAAGAAAGCGGAAGGUGCACAAAACCAGGGCAAGAAGACUGAGGGAGCGCAGAACCAGGGCAAGAAGGCUGAGGGGAAUCAAAAUCAGGGCAAGGAAGAAGAGGAAUCAAAGGCAGCUAGUAGAUACGUAUGGAUAUUGUUUGGUAUUGGCAUUAUAUUCGGAAUGGAAAGCAAACCAAGCAAUGGAGGCGAUAGUACAGAUGGUAAUUCUGGUGGUGGUCAUUCAUCUGGUUCCAAAAAAGGUUUUAAGGAGCUUAUAGAGGGCGCCUUCACAGGACCUUUUAAGAGGUCAACAACUUGGCUAUUAAUAUUGACAUUAUUCAUCGCAGAAGCCCCAAUGUCCGCGUUUAAUUAUAUGACCAUAUACCUGCAAUAUUUGGGGGUAUCUGACACAAUGGCAGGCGUUGCGAUUGCAGUUACGUUGAUUGGCGGCGCAGCGGGAAGUGGAGCAGGUGGAGUUGUUAUAAAGGAAAUUGCGAAACAAUAUGAAGACUUCGGUGAACUUAGCUCUGGAAUGGUAGUGAUGGCCAUCCGACUAGUUGUAUGUCUGUUGUUCUUCCUAGGUAAGCCACCAUGUGGUAAGUUGCUUUGGUAUCAUUAUGUAGAGUUGGCAACACUUGGUGCAACGUUAGUAACGGUUGGUGGUGUGGAUAGAGCCCUUUUAAAAAGUGCAAUAGAAAAAAAUUUCCAGGCAACAACAUCUGCCAUGAUUCGAACCAUAUCCGGGAUCGCAAGUAGUGUAAUUCUUUUCCAGGUUUCCGCAUAUUUGACCGAGAAGGUGUUUGGAUACGUUCCCUCCAGGGAGUCAUUUGAAACCAUGGAUGCAGCUGUAAAAGAAAAAAAUGCCGAAGCCCUUAGGAAAUCUAUGAUGAAUCAUCUGAUGUGCUGCUUUUGGGGCAUACGAAACCUUGGUACACUAUCGCUGCUUAACGCGUUUAAAGACAAAAGUAUCGAGUCAACUUUUGAUGUCAUUAUAUUCUGGUAUCGUGAUAUGUCUAAUGGCGUUCAUCGAGAUGUUGAAGCAAAGUUUCCACUAGCACCGGUCAACUUUCUUGAGUUGAUAAUUUAA